AUGGUAACCAUUACAUAUACAGAUAUCGCGGUGUAUGGGCGAAGUAACGGAUACAUCGAGAUCACCGAUAGUGCCCUCGUGGCCGUGAUUGAAGGAGGAACGAAGGUCACGCGCGGGAAUAACGCUAGUGUCACGCUAGACGCCUCCUCCUCCUACGACCCCGACACAGGUGAUAGCGUAGGAUUGCGUUACACCUGGCUAUGCCGUGACAGAACCGAGAAGUUGCCGGAUUAUGCCGUUAGUUACCCGUUAAUUGAGGUACCCGGUUUAUUCCGAUCUCUGAAAGCUUCGUCUUUUAAAGGGGGGUGUUACGGUACCGGGGCGGGGCAGCUAAAGGGUAACGGCUCCACCCUUGUGUUGGACACAGCAAAGAUAAUGCCAGGAAGGUCGUACGUUUUGACGGUGAUUGUAGAGAAAGGGAAGAGAUCAACAAGAUAUGAGCAGGAGGUUGAUAUCGCCCGUGGGAAGAAACUGGAGAUUCUUAUACAAUGUAUUUAUAAUUGUCGUGCUCGAAAUACCCCGUCCCGACGACUCGCUUUGGCCAGCAAGUGCUACUCGUUAUCGUGCAUUGGGCUUAACUCGUUUCACUGGCGUGUAUUCUACGUUCGCAACAGCACAAAACACGAAAUACCAAGUUUACAAUCCAGUCUCACAACGGCAUCCAAUCGAAGAGGCUUUGUGCUGAAACCGUAUUCAUUAUUAGAAGGAGAAUCUGUGGUAAUCACCCUCAAAGUGUCGAGCGCCGACGGUACCACUGGGCAUGCGCAAUACUCCUUUCAAACUAACAAAGGACCUUCAGGUGGUACGUGUGCGGUCUUACCAGUCAGCGGUGUUACCUUAGUAACGAAGUUCAGUUUCAACUGCAGUGGCUGGUUUGAUUUAGACGAGCCUUUGAGAUAUGAGUUUUUCUACGUGGAGAAGAAUGGGAAAGAAACCGUGUUGCAUGACGGGACAUCUAGUUUUGAAGCCGAGCUCCCCAUGGGAGAGAGGGAGAGGGGAUCUUUGUUAGAUGUAAGAGUCAGGGUGUAUGACUCACUUGGGACAUCUACACAAGUCAACACUCCAGUGAAGGUUAUCAAGUCUAAACUCUUUGCAGUCAUAAAUGCCAUCGAACUCACAUCAGGCAAGGAGAGCAGACUAAAUGAAUUACUUCAGUCUGGAGAUAUCCGGGCCGCCUCAAGACUGGCAAACAACGUCCUAAAAGCCAUAAAAGAUCCUACAAACAACACAAUGGAAGAGCAAAAACAGAGGGCCAAGAUCAAGUCGAGCAUCGUGCUGCAAAUGGCGGCCAUCAAAGUGCAAUCCGCUGACGCGAUCCGCGACACCUCUGACGUCAUUGCUGCAGCCACUACCUCACUUGACGACAUCGAUAUACAAGCUCAGAAAUCAUCAGUUGAAGCUUUCAAGAGUAUGGCUAGCGUGCUAACAGAUGAAGCGGCCCAAGACGUCACAUAUGAGCUGCUGGUACAAGGCGCGCAAGGACUGGUAUCAAGUAUUGGCAACGUGCUGCGAAUAGCGUCUCACAGUGCUGAUAUAAGCCUGCUCAGCGUCCAUAAUCUCACCGAUACGGCCCUAAAUAUCUCACAAGAAACUGGAAGUAAUUUGAAAAAAGCGGUGGAGGCAAAACGGGUCGCUAGCGAGCUCCUAACUGUGUUCAGUAGAGUUGGGCAGACAAUUCUCUCGAAGCAGGUGAUCGGAGAGGAGCCAAUCAAUUUCCAGGGGUUAUCCGCGACUCUUGUGCUUCUACGCGAGGAGCCCUUGAUGCUUGCUGGAAAGUUACUGUCGAAUGAGAAUGCGAGUUUUCAAAUGCCUCGGGAAACCGGAGUGUUCGGUGGAGAGACCACUUAUGUCGACAGCCAGAUGCUGGUGACAGAGCACGCGGUGUUCACGUGGGAUGAGUCAGCAAGUCGUGUCUCCACUGUCGUAGUUGGCAUAGAAACCACUGAUCAACAUGGCAACAACAUUACUCUACUAGACCUUGACACCCCGGUGGAGCUGAUGUUACCGCGUCUUCACUCCAAGGGGCUCAUGGGAAAUGACACAAUUUACACUCUGUAUAGCAACCGCACUAUGUAUCACAUCAUCAAUACACAGCAUUCCAACAUGAGCCUGCGGGUCACAGUAAGACCGCUGAACGAAAGCCGGAGUCUCUCGAUAGCUGUUCAACGUGGAACGCCCCCCAUAUUUGGAAGACAGGAUUACAUGGUAACGCUUGCGCGUAACGCAACCUGCAGUGACGCAAGUCAAGCAAUCCCGUGCGCCGAUCGAUACUCCUUCGUAGUUGGCCCGCCUUUAAUUGCGAGUGCCGGUAAAUACUUUGUAGGAGUUCGGCUUGCCGAGGAACACGUGGGAGCAGUAAACUACACAAUGGAAGCUCAGGCCUCCGCGUGUAUCUACUGGGACAAGCCGAGAGGAGAAUGGGUCGGGGAUGGGUGUCAGAUCGGUCCCCUAAGCACUACAGACCUCGUCCAUUGUUUAUGUUCCCACCUGACCUCGUUCUCAGGCCAGCUCAUCGUUCUGCCCAACCCUAUCGACUUCCAGAAGGUUUCUGUGGAGUUCAAGCGGCUGGACGAGACAGGGAAUGUGGUGGCGUUCAUUGCGCUGGGGGUUGUGUUUGGGGUUUAUGUAAUCGUCAUCGCGUGGGCGAGACGACAAGACCACAAGGACCGCAUGAAGGUUGGUUUAAAGCCGUUCAUUGGAAGCUACUGCUCAAGCACCUUUACAUACCACACAUGGGUGACCACAGGGAUCUGGCGAAAUGCUGGGACCACCGCUAACGUUUUCAUAGUACUGAACGGCGAGAAACAGUCCAGCCGUCCUAUACAUCUUAGAAAUCCAUCAUGUAUCCCAUUUGCUCGCGGUAACACAGACUCAUUCAUCCUGUCCAUAACAGAAGACCUCGGGCGAAUUAAGAGUGUUCGCAUUUGGCAUGACAACACGGGGGAGAACCCGUCCUGGUUUCUCAACCACGUGAUAAUAAGCACAGGCGAAUCGGAAUCGAGGGACUUGGUGUUCAACUUUCAACAGUGGUUGGCGGUUGAGAGGGGAGCAGGUUUUGUUGACAGGACGAAGAAUGUAAGCUCAGAAGAAGAGCUCAGCGAUUUGAAAGCUUCAUUCGGGAAUCGAGUUUAUCAAGAACUUUUUCAAAGCCAUUUGUGGUUCUCAGUCCUUACACGGCCCCCGUCAUGCGUCUUCACGCGCGUACAGCGAGUCACGUGUUGUUUGGUGCUACUGCUGACCAUGAUGCUUGCAAACGCCAUGUUUUACGAACUGGCACCACAGGCAGACCGCAAUAGCGACACAACCGUGAAGAUAGGUCCGCUACGUCUCGAGCUGAGGCAGCUUUUGAUUGCUAUUGAGAGCGCCAUCAUUGUCGCUCCCUUAAACUUUAUUAUCGUCUUCAUUUUUACCCACAUCAAGCCGCGAGACAGGCCCAACAAAAGUCAGCGUCACUAUAGCGUGAAUCGAAGGCGGUCUCUUCUAAAACUUACUGGCCCAAGUGAGAAGAAGAAAUGUCGCUUUCUCCUGCCUUAUUGGUUUACCUAUAUUUCCUACUUCUUAUGUUUAGCCACAGUUGCAGCUUCGGGGACGUUCAUUGUGUUUUAUUCUCUCAUGUGGGGACGAUACAUCUCAACACAGUGGCUCAUCUCCAUGGUGAUGGCUGUAACCGUCGAUAUUUUUGUGUCGAAGCCACUUAGUCUCAUUCUCUUAGUCGUCUUUCUUGUUUUGCUCGUCCGUCGCAAAAUGGACGUCGCGGAAUAUAAGGACUCUCAAACCACACAAGGAGUAAUUCUGGACUUAGCAGACGUGGAUCUCGAUGAAAACCCGGAUAGUCUUGCGCAGUGUGCGCAGUACAACGGACCGUGCCAUGUAAUGCCACCGAAGCCCCCUACAAAAGAGCAACUCGAGAAGUCUCGACGUCUACACAGAAUGAAACAGGAGAUGUUCGCCUGGGUAAAAGAGGUGGUCAUAUUCGUGGGAUACCUGUGUAUCCUGCUCGUAGUGGCUCAUGGGAGUCGUAGCCAAUGGAUGCAUCCUAUUAAGUCGUCGCUUUUUCAGACAACCGCUGACAAUGACAACAUGCUGACAAGUUUUGACAAGUUCUGGGGCUGGUCCAGUUCCGUGCUAUUGCCCAUUUUAUUUGAGGACGGGAAAGGUCGAGUUGGUCAGGGAACAAAUGAGGCUUAUUUUGGCGAUGGAGAAUCGAUUAUUGUCGGAACACCGACAUUGCGACAAAUUCGAGUCAACAGGGAUCAUUGCGAGGUUGUGAAUAUCUUCAGACCGUACAUUCACAACUGUACCUCAACGCUGCUGACGUCAGAAGAAGAAACGACCGCUAGCUUCCUGCCGGGCUGGAAACCGAAGCCGAUCAACACAACACUCCCCCUGAUCCUACAAAAAGAAAAGCCCUGGAUGUACACAAAUAGCGAACUCACAGGGGGGACACGAUUCUGGAGCUACAUUCACGCAAGGCUGGUGUACUCCGGUGGCGGUUAUGCAGUGGAUCUCGGUAAAACUAAAAAGGAGGCGACGUCUAUCCUUAAAUCACUUCAGGAAAACAGCUGGAUCGAUCGUUAUACUGCGGCCUUAUUUGUGGAUUUUGCGAUCUAUAGUCCAUCUACAUCGCUCUUCGGAAUCGUCAAGAUUGUCAUGGAAAUGUCGCCGUCAGGGUCCAUAAAAUUAAGCCACGUCAUCGACAUAAUCCGCCUCUAUGACGUCAGCACCGGAUAUGACGUAUCUCUACUAUUUUUCCAGCUAUUACUUCCGGUACUCGUCAUAUACUUCACGAUGUCGCUAGUACUGAAAUUGAAAAAGGGUAUUUUGAGGUUUUUCUGUACGGUGUUUAACUGGGUAGAUAUGUCCCAGAUCGUUUGUGUUAGCGCGUGGAUGUCGGUGCACAUUUAUAAAAUGAUCUACAUCGACAAAUCGAGUAAGGAUCUGCUGGCCAAAACCCAUGCGACAACAGGAUUUGACUAUAUCGUCAUGUUAAACACUAUUGAGAAUGUCGUGAUCGCACUGGUCGUGUUCUUAAACACCCUAAAGCUCCUGAUUUACUGCCAGUUUAGCCACGUGAAGCACUUCUUUCAAGUCCUCGUCAAAUCCUUCUACGAUGUGGGACCAUUUCUCACUAUACUCUUCUUCGCUAUUGGGGCAUUCGCGCAGUUUGCGUACAUCGUAUUCGGUCAGAAUCUGGCAAAUCACCGGAACUUGUUGGAAUCUUACAACUGUCUCCUCAACAUCAUGAUAGGUGCAGAUCACGACUUCCGAGAACUGACUGAUUUUGAUGCGGUAAUCGGAUCAGCUUACUUGAUGAUCUUCUCCUUUGCGUCCAUGAUCUUCUUUGUGAACUUCUUCAUCCUGAUCUUGAUCCAUUACUACGAUAUCGGACGCAAGGAGCAGUUUGCCAUGUACGGUCUGGGUAUGUAUAUUGUUGAUCGCUUUAAGGAGGCUAUGGGGGUCGGUAAGACAGUGAUUCCAAGAGAGCCUACAGAGUUUGACAACAUCCGCCAACAAUGUCAUCUGCUUAGGUACAUGUUGAAGUCCAGAGCGUUCAGGCAAAUGGAAUACAGGUGUGAGCAGAUAUUGUCAAAAAGCGUAAAGGCACCUCAAUCACCCAAUGGCAAGGUUAAGACCAAGUGCUCAUUGUUCAAGGCGUUAGCACCCUUAGUGCACGAUAGAACAACAUUCGAUAAUCCAAUGUUAGAAGAACGACCACCAGACAAAAACUCUUUGUUCAGUGGAAAACUUGAUCGAAGGUUGAAAACGUUGUCGACCCUGCUGAAUGCUGAUUACAUUGAUGGCUUCAUGGAAGACCUGGAUGUGAUAUCCUUGGCUGAAGCUUCGGCAUUCUGGCGACGCUACCAUGACAGUAUCAUCCCUGCGUCAAUCACGCAAGUGUUUGAAAGACCAGAAUUGCCUCCAGAGUUACGCUCGCUAGUAACUGAUCAAAUCAGCUCCGAGUAUGCAACAGUAUCUGGUUUUGGAAUAAGAAAAGAGAGUCUUGACUAUGAACCUCAGAGAUGCGAACCGGAUUUUACCGAUUCUUUCACGUGGGAGGGGCCUGACACCUUGCCUAAAGUCACAUUCAGUGACGAUACAAAUGGUACAGAGCCACUGCCUGCCUCUAUAACCGAGAUAUUCCAGAAUUCUCACAAGAACGUCCAAGAAAGGUCAACCAGACCAAUAUUUGCUCCAGUUACCGAACCAAGAAGCAAAACUCCUCGACGACAAUCCAACGCCUUGCCUUUAACAUUAUUGAGGGAGCUCGACGAUGGUGAAGAGGCCUUGCCUGAUUCUAUAACCGACAUAUUCAAGACAGCAUGCAAACCGACGUCAACCAGAACUCAAUCCCUGCCAGCUUCUGAAUUCACAACUUUGCAACAAGCCAAAGUAUCAUCUUGGGCCACUUUUGGGAAAGACGCAGAGGCUACUAGGAAUCUGCCCGACACAGGAAUUCUUGAGGAUUACCAUUCUUUUAAGAAAAAGGGUUUAGUAAAGACAAUAAGACUUCGCUCUACUUCAGUAGGUGAAGCACAAAACAUGCCAAAGACCACAGCAGGACAACUUCGGCCUUCCAGGAGACACCUAAAAGCACCAAGUACUGGAAAAGAAAGGAAAGCCUACAUACUUCCCACGGUACAAGAAGAGUUUGACAAGAUGAAAAAAGAGGUUUCAGAAAGGGGUCAAAGAUCUCCUCGCAAUGGAAAUUCUGGUUAAAUUAAGUCGUCACAGGAAUGACCGUGGAAAAGACAAUUCAAUAUAAAUCUUUGACAAUUAACUAGGGCUAAGACUGACAUUUUCUGAGUCAUUUGCUAACAUUGGUAAGAUAAAAAUAACAGUCAGGUAGAAUGCCAUAAAUAUAAUCUUUGACAAUUAACUAGGGCUAAGACUGACAUUUUCUGAGUCAUUUGCUAACAUUGGUAAGAUAAAAAUAACAGUCAGGUAGAAUGCCAUAAAUAUAGUCAUUGUUUGCCUCUGAAGUUGACAAUGUAGGCAGGUAAUAGUGUUAUAGAAAAAACAACAACGAUAAUGUAGCGAAAUAAACCUUUUUAGCUACAAAAAAACUCGAAAUGUGUCUUUAAGGUUACUGCUACUGCCUAGAAAAUUAAUAUAGUUUAUUAUCUGUGUUGAAUUCAAGACAUCUACAUCACUAAAAUAAAUGUUAAUGUAAUGUACACAAAAUAGGAUAUAGCAAAUAAAAAGGUAGUGUAUUGUA